GACUAUCCCGGCAAAGGCCGAGGACGGUGGCAAAUGCAUUGGUAAGUGGUAACAAAGGAUCCAGCUUCUGUCUACUCCCUCUGAGAUAACUUUCAGAUCCGAUCCGCGGCGAGGGCGCAAAGGUGAAAUGGCGGCAGUGAAGGACCUUGCCCGCAGUAGCAAGUUGGUACAAAACUAGACCCCACGACGGCGUCGUUUUGCAGUUCUCGAGCUCAUCCGAGCUUCAUCUCCUCCGUACUCUCAUUUCACGUUUCGUCUUCUCUCUUCAUUCAAUGCCACCACUUUUCAUUUUCAGUGAGAACCAAAUCUUUGAUCUUCAUCAGGACUUGGCUACUUCCCCCAUUUCCCUGGACCACUGCUUGCUGUUAAACUCUAGGUUUUACCCAUUUUGAUUUGGAUCUUCUUCAUGCAUUUAGUACUUAGGAUGCUACACUAUUGAGUUGAUAAACAAAGAUUCGAUUUGAAGGAAAUGGAGCAAUAUGAGAUCCUUGAGCAAAUAGGAAAAGGGGCUUUUGGGUCUGCCCUUCUUGUGAGACAUAGACUUGAAAAGAAAAAGUAUGUUCUGAAGAAAAUUCGUCUUGCUCGCCAAACUGACAGAACACGUCGAAAUGCACACCAAGAGAUGGCACUCAUUUCAAAAAUGAAAAAUCCAUUUGUUGUGGAGUACAAGGACUCUUGGGUGGAGAAGGGCUGCUACGUGUGCAUAAUCAUAGGUUACUGUGAAGGUGGUGAUAUGGCUGAAGCAAUUAAAAAGGCAAAUUGUAUCCAUUUCUCUGAGGAGGUAAAUUGUUUACAUCGUAGUCUUGUAAAGAGCAUGCUCCGGAAAAAUCCAGAAAUACGGCCUAGUGCUGCAGAGCUUCUUAAGCACCCACACCUCCAGCCUCAUGUGAUUAGCAUUCAUCUUAAACUCAAUAGUCCUCGGCGUAAUAGUUUACCAAAUUGCUGGCCCGAUAGUGACAUAAAGAAAUCCAGAUUCACAGGUCCACAACAUAUUCGUGGUAACCAAGAGAAGAGCUUGUCAUGCUUCAAUGACAGGACAUUGAAUCCCAGUGUUUCUGAAACAGAUCAUGACAUUACCUUUUCUGCUCAAGAGUACUGCAACACACCUAGUAAAAUCACUGCAUUGUCUACAGGAAGCACUGAAAGAGGAACCAUCACGAAAAAAAUUACUUCAAAUGUUGCAAAUGCUACCAAGAACUCGAAAGGAACUUUGGCAAAAAAUUCUUCCUCUGCAAAGAGACAAGCAUCAGCACUGAAGCACAGCGAGAUGGUUCCUACUUCAAGAACUUUGGUGAAGAGGUUUAUUCCCGCAACUUGUAAAGAAUCUUCGCCCUUAAGCACCACUAAAGCUGCUGUUCAAGAGGUGCCUCGCAGGCCCAGCAUUGGCAUCCUUGAUUGCUACAAAUCUCAAGAUGUUUCCGUGUAUGCCCCCCGAAUAGAUAAGAUGCUCGAGUUCCCUUUAGCCUCAUAUGAAGAACCUUCCCAUCCUGUCUGCAAAACAUCAUCAGUUUCUGCGCAAGACUCUUGUGGGUCCCCCGAAGGGGUCUGUUCAAUCAGGAAAGAUAAAUGCACAAUCCUCCAGAUCCCCCCUGACAACAAAUCUGAUAAACUGAGCUGUACCGGUGGUUGGCAAGGAUUCACAAGCCCCCUCAUGCUGGGAAUGGAUAGGGAGGAGGAGAGAAGCAAUUGUUCUGAUCAAAAUGCAACGGCUGGUGCAUCGAGUCAAACCUCAUCAGACCAAAGGCGCCACCGUUUUGACAUGUCGUCUUACAAACACAGAGCCGAAGCAUUAGAAGGGCUGCUUGAGUUUAGCGCAAGGCUGAUGCAAGAGGAACGGCUUGAUGAGCUCGGCGUUUUGUUAAAGCCAUUUGGGCCAGGGAAGGUGUCUCCUCGGGAAACUGCCAUAUGGCUGUCCAAGAGCUUUAAACAAAAUGCUACAUGCAAGCCUGAAGAAGACGAAGAAGAAGAAUAAUCCCUAUUGAGUACCCAAGGUGUGUAAAGUAGCUUUUUUUUUAACACUUCAGAUAUUCAGACAUUUGUAUUUUGUAUGCAGAAUCUGAUCUUGUAGGGUAUGUAGUAGUUUAGAACCCAUUUAACUUCAUUGUUGUGCAAAAUGGUGUUGGCAUCAUUAGUAGGAAUCUUUAAAGAACAUGUGAGAGUUGUUGAUGGUAGAUUUACUUUUCCUGUCUUUCCUUCAAUGGUGUAGUUGUGGUACAAUCAAUCAUUUUAAAUGAUCAAGCAAAUGAAGCAUACACCAUAGU